CCAGUUAGUCCGUCGAACCAAGUAACGAGAACAUAAACGAACAUACAACACAAUCUGCACGAAAUGUUGAAACUUCCCAUGCUCCUGGGCACUACCGUGGUGGUGGCCCUCAUCCUGGUGUCCGCCAGCGCCUCGGAGGUUCCCUCCCUGUGCCGUCAGAGCGGCUACUUCGCCCUUGUGGAUAACACGCCCGAGUUCUACACGUGUCGUGCCUCUCCUGCCGGCGGUUUCUCCCUGCAAUUCCUGCGCUGUUCUUCGGGUGCCGUCUUCAGCUCCAAGGCUGGCCAAUGCACAGAAGUGACAGACCUGUCGAGGCUGGCACGCGAGGAUGGCAACAUCGAGAACCCAACGAUUCCACCCGACAAUUUGGAUGAUAGCACCAGCACGUCGGUAAAGCCGGUUGAGGUAACCACCGAAGCGCCCAUUCCCACCAAGGAAGCCGCAGGAGAGACCUCGGAGGAUCCGGAAGAGGCUACCACCGAUGAGCCCUCUACCGACGAGCCCUCUACCGAUGAGCCCACAACCGAUGAGCCCUCAACCGAUGAACCCUCUACCGAUGAGCCCUCUACCGAUGAACCCUCAACCGAUGAACCAUCUUCCGAUGGCCCUUCAACUGAUGACCCCUCCACCGACGAGCCAUCUUCAGAUACCACAGAGGAGCCGGCUGAUAAGACCACCGAUGAUGCUUCCACCGAUGAUCCAACCACCGAUGAUCCUUCCACCGAUGAUUCAACCACCGAUGACGGUACUGGAACAACCUCCACCGACGAUGGCACUUCGGCCACCGAGGUGCUCAAUUGUCCCAGCACAGGCUUCUUUCCCAAGGAUGACAACUGCAAUGAGUUCGUCCUUUGCUACGACGAUGGCAGCGAUCUGCACUCGUCCGUCUUCAAGUGCCCCGGCGAUAUGCAGUUCGAUCCUAAGACUUCCUUCUGCAGCCUCGAAUUCGACUGCGCGUCUGUCUAAAGAGAUAGAGAGGGAGAGUCGCACAUAGGGACAGAGCAAGAGCUAGUGGAAGAAAUAGAACAGAUGGAGCGAGCGAGAAAGGAAGAGAGAGCAUAGGAGCAAUUGAAAAAAGCAAUAAAACCAUCCACGAUGCUCGAUUAUAACCCC